AGCAUUACAACCAGUUGUAUACCUUGACAAAAAAUGAGUAAAUCAUUAGCAUCAUUCUUAGAUCGUCGUAAAAAGACGACAGUCAAAGCGGCAGCAUUGCUGCAGCAAACUGAGGAAGCUGCUAAAGUAAAGCAAAAUGCCCUAGAUGGAGUUGAUGAAACGACAACUGAAUUGCAAUCUGAGCAUGAUGACGAGUGGAAGGUAUCAGACGAUGAAGAUGCCAAGGCCUUUGGUAAUCAAAGUAACAUCUCGGGCAGCCUCCUGAAGUCACUACGAACUGUCGCGGGUGAAGGGUUAGAUGACACAAGAGGACGACAAGAAGCGAAGCCCGCCCAAAGAGUAUGGCAGAGUAUUACCGAACCCGUGGUAACCAAGGAAACCACCCAAGAAGAAGCGUCCAAGAAGUGGAUGCCUAAAUAUAAAUCGGGUAGUGUUAGAGGUGGCCUGCCAACAAAGAAUGAUGUUGACCUUGCAGAGGCAGCUCGAGUAGCAGAAGCUAAAGCGGAAAGCGCCGCAUCAAGGAAGCCUAAAAUAAUCAAAAAGAAGGCACCAUCGCCACGACCAGAGGAUAAUAAUGAUCCAGAUAGCUACGUGAAGGUUAAAUUCAAUGUAUUCUCCGCUGUGGGAGAUAGCUACCGCACGUUUAACUCUCAGUAUAAAUCUACGCUACUGGAUGCAGAAACCGUCAAGGCGAAAUACAUCGCACGCAGCUCUGUUGCCUAAUUUCGGGACAAGCUAUUCAGCACUGUCAAUUUUAUAGCUAUUUAAAAUCA